UCGCUUGGAAAUACUUAAAUAAAACAAAUUGCCCCCUGACUUUCCAAAAUCUCGUAAAUUCUCUCAAAAACUUUCGAAAUUCCGGGUGAAAGUCUGGUUGGCAGCCCUGGCGAUCACAAAAAUGGCGAUUGUUUGCACACAUGGUUAAAUUAAUGCAUCCAUUUCAGCUAAAAAAGUAUGUACACCCUCCUGCACGGCUUCGUCAAGUACAUGGUGCAAAAAGAUGAGUUCUGUGUGUUGAUCCUCGGGCUCGACAACGCCGGAAAAACGACGUACCUGGAGGCGGCAAAAACAAAACUUACGAAGAACUACACUCGGAUCCACCCUAGUAAAAUCACGACAACUGUAGGCUUAAAUAUUGGUAAGAUAGACAUAGCGGGGAUAAGACUGAACUUUUGGGACCUCGGGGGGCAGAGCGAGCUGCAGUCUCUGUGGGAUAAAUAUUAUGCAGAGUCACACGCGAUCAUUUACAUAGUGGAUUCUUCAGACAGAGAUAGAAUAGAUGAUUCCAAAGAAACUUUCGAUAAGAUGAUAGCCAAUGAGAACCUCCGCGGCAUUCCCUUGCUUGUUUUAGCAAACAAACAGGACAUUCCAGAGUGCAUGGGCGUGAGGGAGGUGAAGCCGAUUUUUAACAAAAACGCCCAUCUGAUUGGGAAGAGGGACUGCAUGGUGAUGCCCAUCUCUGCCUUGACUGGGGACGGGGUCGACGAGGGUAUUAAAUGGCUGGUCGACUGCAUCAAACGCAACAGUUUCAUAAGACCGGCGCGUAAUCAUGAAGAAAAUUGAUUUUAUUACACAAUUCGUAAUCUGUGAGCCAACAAAAUGAAUAAAUAGAUAAAAUAAG